UUCUUUUCCAGAAGAACCGAAACAUGUGAGAGCUGAUUUAAAUGUAUUUUGCACAAAGGUUAAACCAAUAUCAUUUGAUCAUCACAUAGUCAGUUUGGUAAUUUGUAUUGAUUUAAAGUUAAAAUACAUACCAGAUUUCUUGCCAAAUUAUAUGCUUCGAAAAUUUGCAGUAAAUCAAUAUUUGAAUGUUAGGGUGUGAUGUUUGAUAAAUUGGUAUCUAAUUCAAAAAAAUACAAGGGAUCAAUGUGGGAAAAGAAAAAGAAUGACAGUUCAGAAUUCUAUGAUUGGUUGAAUUAGAAGUUCAAAUAAUAUGAAGACAAGUUGAAAAGAUGAUUACCUAGCAAUAUAUAUAUAUG